CACGGAACGGUGAAUCCUAUGGCGAUUUCUUGUUAUUGAGCGUUAUGAGUGAUGGGAAUGUGGAUAUUCAGGGAAUGUUAUUUUAAGUUGUAGAUUUCAUUGGAUGGUACAUCUGUGGUUAUUUGUUUAAGGUAGUUGGGAUUUCGGAUAAUGUCUGUAAUGGAGAUGAGCUUGUUUCAAUCGAAUUCUAUGUCUACUUCGGAGAUGGCUCAGGUGGGGAGGAUGUACUCCAAUCUGUUUUCGAGUAUCAGGUACUUACCGGCUGGUGUCAAAGUAUGUCCACAGUUCUGCUCUUGCUUAGGUAAUCCUCUGAAGGCUUCUUUCUCUUCUCAUCCUUCUAGUUCAAACAAUAGAUAUCUGUCAACAAAUGCCAUUGUCAGUAUUGCAGGGGAUAAACUUGCAGCUGAAACAUCGUUAUUUCAAAUCUUUGGAACAAAUGGUGCAAGAUCAAAUUUGUUUCCUAGAGACAUUAGAGUACUUGAUGCCUUUGAUGACGAGUAUGGCGGAGUUAUCGUUGAUCCAGAACGACUGCCAGAAAAUGCAGAUGCCUUUGCUUACAUCCUCAACUCCUCCCUUUCUCAUUGGAGGUUACAGAGAAAGAAAGGAAUAUGGCUCAAGCUGCCCGUAGAACGAGCUGAGCUUGUUCCAGUUGCUAUUAAGGAAGGCUUCCAGUACCACCACGCAGAACAAGGAUAUGUGAUGUUGACAUACUGGAUACCAGAGGGGCCUUGCAUGAUUCCAGCUAAUGCUUCACAUCAAGUAGGGGUUGGGGGAUUUGUCGUCAAUAACAAUAAUGAGGUUCUUGUUGUACAAGAGAAACACUGUGAUCCCGCGUGUGUUGGUUUCUGGAAAAUACCAACUGGUUUCAUCCUUGAGUCAGAGGAGAUUUUCACAGGAACUGUGAGAGAAGUUAAGGAGGAAACUGGGAUUGAUACCGAGUUUGUGGAAGUUAUUGCAUUCAGGCAUGCUCACAAUGUAGCUUUCGAAAAGUCUGAUUUGUUCUUUAUCUGCAUGCUAAAACCAGUAUCGACUCAGAUAAUAGUUGAUGAUCUUGAAAUUGAAGCAGCCAAGUGGAUGCCUCUGGCUGAGUUUGUGGAGCAACCACUAGUAAAAGAAGAUUCCAUGUUCAAGAAGGUCAUUUCUAUAUGCAUUGCCCGGCUAGGAAAGCGUUACUGUGGUUUAUCUUCUCAUCAAGUCGUCUCCAAGUUUGAUGGCAGAUUGUCUUCAUCGUACUAUAACGUCGUCGAUACGCAAGAUUUCAACUGUUCAGAUUGUUGAUGUGGCAGACUCACUGCCCAGA